GACGCAGUGGUGGAUCCCGUGGAGGAAGAGGCGAAAGACGUGACAACCGUGAUGGGCGUGAACGAGAAAGGCGUGAUAAUUAUCGUGAACGCGAGAACUACGACAAUGAGAAUCGUGAUAACCGUCGUCGUGGAGGUCGUGGUGGUAAUUUCGUCAACCUUGACGACCAAAGCGCUUUUCCGAGUCUUG